UGUUUAUAAUGCCGCGCAAAAGCGAAAGAAUAUCUACUUCUGCAAAAGAUGUGAAAAUUAAAGUAAAAUUGUCUCCACAUAAUGUUAAUCCGAAUAAAGUUUAUCCAACACUUCGUCCUUCAAACGCAAGUGUUAAAAUAGAAACAUUUAAACAAUCCAAAUCAGAGAAGAGCUGUCAUACAAAACCAGUGGCAAACAAACGCCCAAGAAGUCGUCGAGAAAUGUCAGGCACAGUAGAGGAUGAUGAGGCUGGACCCUCUAUUAGAAGGCGUAAGGCUUUAGAUGAAAAUAAAGAAAAUGACGAGGUUAAAGACGAAUCGGCGGAAAAAAAAUCUAAAUUCGAUUCCAUUGAUGACAAAGUUUUGGAUAAUGGUAAAAUUUUGUCAAAAGUUGAAACAACUACGGAGCCUAUGCAGGAUGACAAACAGACUGUACAUAUUGAACGAAAAAUGUGCAUUGAACCACAGACGGUUGCGUCUGUUACUGAAGAAAAUUUAGACACUAAAAAAAUGGGUCAGGAAGGUUUUGAACAACAAGAAGCUGGUGUUCCUAAAGAAUCGAGUGCUACUGAAUCGCCAAACAAAGAAAACAGAAAUGUACACAGAUCGGCAUCCAUUGAUAAACUCACAACGCUUUUCUCAAAUUUGUAUCUAAAUUCAAUGCAACGCUUGUGUAUGGAGUUUCCGCCACGCUGCGCGGACGAUUUGGUAUACUGCCGAAAACAGCAUUUCCAGCAACGAUUUAAAGAGAUGGACAAACCAAGUGAAGCUCGUUUAAUGCAGCUACGGUGUACUCUUAAACAGCAGCGUUACCUUUCAUUCAUAAAUCUUGCUUUGGACAUGUGUCAGCGGUACGAAUUUCCCGGAGAGGAUACAUUUACUAACUUAAUUGAAUUAAUUUUGAGUCUUAACCCGAAAACUGGAGAUGUAGCCUUUAUCCCCACAUACCGUCAAUCCAUACAGUUAUUUAGCUAUAUGGUGCGGACUUUCCCACCUUGUUGGCGUGCUACACACACUGCCUAUAUUGGCUUCUUUCAGCGACCACUGGACGCCGAAAAAAUUUGCAACAACUCAAAAGGCGGCAAUCGUUUGUCUAAAUCAAAGAAGGUUUUUGACAUAAUACUUGAUUUAACAGAAAUUUUACUCACCCAGUGCACCCCCGAUGAGCUUUCGAUGUUACCUGAACCCAAAACACCAACUAUUGGAAAAAAAAUAGAUGGGGGAUCGAUUGUUACGGAUACCCCUAAUAGUGAAACAUUAGACCAUCACAAAUGGGAAGAACGCGAUAAUCGUUUAAAUACUUUCACAGCUCUCAAGUCUGAUGAGCGUUUGGAACGGUUAUUCAUAGUACUACGCCUUAUUUUGCAAAUACUUGAAAGUGAUUUCGUAAUGUGGAUGUUGCAUCAUUAUCGCAAAAAUAAAAGUUGGUUAUUCUAUAAUGACAGCCGUCCGCUGGCUGUAUUCGUACUUGGAAUGUCAGAAGAAGCUCAUUUGAGUGCUUUGGGUCGGCAGCUUUUCCAAUUGUUUGCUAUGGCUGUUAAUAAGGGCCUAAACAUUAACUACUUGAAAGUGCUUGAGCGAUACAUAGCACUUUUGAUGGUUAUAAGCAAUACAGCUGACAUAGAACACACUGUUCUGGGUGUAAAAUUUCCGCAACUCGGUCCUAAUACUAAACAAAUUAUACUCGAUUUCUUCAGAAAGUUCAAAGAUCGCAACUUGAACUCGUCUAUUAACAACUAUAUAAAUGCUAUCGAUGUUCUCCGCAUACCAUAUGUUCGGUACACAUUUAUUGAUCAAUUUCUGCAAAUGUUCGGCUUUUUGUAUUCCGAAAACUUUUCACCUGAAAAAGUAUUUAACUACAUGCGAAAGAAACGUUGGCUGAAACAUAAGAAGCAAGCUGAAUUGCAUGCGGAAGUAGGAGAUGGCGGAGAUAUUGUCGAUGAAAUCUCCUGCGAACAACAUUUAUCGCUACUGCUAGAAGCUCUAAAAGCAUAUUGCGAAUGGCAUGCCUCAAAAGAGUUUAUGCAAAUAAUUCUAAAUAAACGAAAUAUUAGCAGCUUAAAGAUUACUACACACUCGUUGCAUCACACGCCCAUUGCUUGUGGUGAUCUCUUGAAUCUAGCACGGAUGGAGAAAGAUAUUCUACAACUGGAGAAAAAGCUACGAAAGACAGUACGUGUUGCGAAACCGGUUAUUGAUUUGCCGCUCAUGGACAUCUGUAUCGAUCAAGAUUUGCGAAUUAAAUAUCGCAAUGAUUUAAAAUAUUUAAACGCGCUGCAGCAAAAAGUCGCUGAACAAAGUGUAGCACACUCAGAAGUAGACUUCAGUGCGUGGCGAGAAUUUUUAAAUGAUUUUAAAGUCGAUUGAAUUACGAUGUUAAAAGACGCAAACCUUAAAAAAGUUGUAAUUAUAAUUAUGGAAAUUGUCGUUUUUGUUAUAUAGUACAUACAUAACAGCGAAAGCUGGGCUUAGUUCAAAAUGAUUUUCCUUUUUUUUUUUUUUUUUUUUUUCAAUUAUAUGUUUAAUGUUACAUUACUUCUUAUAUUUUAUAUUUUUGCAAGAAAUUUUACUUACGUGUUCGUUGCGAUAAUAUACGACAGCUCGCUCAACUUUGUACAAAUUCUCGUUGUUUUCGGUUUCCAAUACAAAUCCAAAAUAAAAUGCAAACGUUUUGAUUUUAUGACAAUUUUUGUACACUUUUUUUCUGUGCUUAAAACAUACUAUUUCAUUUAUUUUGUUAUUGUUAUUAAGUCAUAUCGCUUACUAAUUAAAUAUUUAAUAAUUAUAACACUUGUGUUGCUGCCUGUACUAUCCACUGCAUUCAAUACUAUACUAUAUAAUAUAGUUUCUAAGCUUAUUAUCUUUUAUUUAGUAUACAGAUUUUUAUAUAGAGCGCCUAUGCUUACACACAAAACGAAACUAAGUUUCAAAAUGUUUUUCUCACAAAUAUGCAUUUUCAUGCCAGUUUUCUUGUAAAUUCGUCUACUUUUUAUUUCUGCUAUUUACACAAAAAUGAAAAAAAAAAUAUUGGUUGUGCAAGUGACAAUGGGCCCAAUUUAUACAGAGAUACCAUUUUAAGCUCAUACAUACGUAUGUAUGUGAAGUUGCUCGUUUCACCAGCACCUCGGCUUGAUUUGUGCAAAGCAUUUUAUUUCGUUAUUUUUAAUAACGUUAUUAACCCAGUUCAUAAUUUUUUGUUUUUGUGUUAUUUAAAUUAUCUUCCAGUUAAAGUUAUUAUGUGUAUGUAAAUAACUUUUUAUUUUAUAUGUUUCCUAUUUUUGUCAUGGAUUUUUUAUUUAAGAGAUAUUUACAUAAAAAAAAAACAAUUUGACAAACUGAACAUAUUUGUGUUGUCAAUUAAAUUUAACUUUAAGGAAUAAAUAAACAAAAACAUGAAUUUCUUUUUUAACCAAAACCAUAUAAUUUUCUAUAAUGAUAAUAACGACAAAUGGUUUUCUUGAGAAGUUUUUUAAUUUUUUUUUUACUUUUUUAUUUGCUGCUGUCGUUAUAUACAUGCACUUCUGCUAAUACAGUUAUUUUAUUUAUAUUUAUUAAA